CUCAGAUACCCAAUAUGCAGUGCUUGGUAAGCGGUCUGGGCUGAAGGACCUUCCUAUUUCCUCUUGCCUUCUCCUGGUACUUCGUCGAUAUAAUCUGUAUCCUAGAAGCCUUUUUCAUAUUUGCGUGUGGAGUGUAACGAAAUCCACCGCAGUCCAGAGCUACUUUACCGGGAAUGGCAGAUAUUGAAGCCCAUUUCCGGCCCAGCCUUGACCAGGGAGCGCAACCGACUCUAGAGAAGUUGGCCUCCCAAGUAGUAGCAAGGGAAGAGCAGGAUGAUUCGUUCGAUGACAAAUUCCCAGAGGGAGGCCUUCGCGCCUGGCUUGUGGUUCUCGGAUCAUGGUGUGCAAUGGUUCCAUCCAUGGGCCUUUUGAAUACCAUUUCGGUCUUACACGCGUGGACAUCGACUCAUCAGCUCGCGAGUUAUUCCGAUUCCAGUGUUGGAUGGAUCUUCGGCGUCUUCAGCUUCUUCCUGUAUUUCGCGGGCGCCCAAGUGGGCCCAAUCUUUGAUAGCCGCGGGCCGCUGCCAGUGGUAAUUCCUGGAUCUAUCGGCUUAGUGGUCGCGGUUUUCUGUUUCAGUGAAAGCACAGAAUACUACCAGAUCAUGCUCUCUUUCAGUGUACUAGGUGGCCUCUCAUCUUGCUGUCUCUUCACACCUGCUAUCGCUGCUAUCGGGCACUGGUUCAAUGUUCGCCGUGGCCUUGCCACCGGAAUUGCUUGCACAGCCGGCGGACUUGGUGGCGUUUUCUUCCCUCUCAUUAUCCUCUAUAUCGCUCCGAAACUCGGUUUCGCCUGGGCCCUGCGCAUCAUCGGGAUUAUCUGCUUCGUUCUCUGUGGUUUUGCGUGUCUUUUGCUGAAGACGCGCCUUAAACCUGAUGCAAAACGCGGCAUGGCGAUCGACCUUUACGCCCUCCGAGAGCCCAACUAUGCACUGACCACACUUUCAGUAUGGCUAGUCGAGUUCGCAGUUUUUGUCCCUUACACCUAUAUCUGCUCGUACGGACAGUACGCCAAUCUUGGCGAGACCCUCUCAUACCAGCUGGGUAUCUUCCUCAACGUUGGUGCCAUCCCGGGACGUGCAUUCCCAGGACUCCUCGCGGAUCGAAUGGGGCGGUUUAACGUGAUGGCAUUGACUGCGCUCAUUUGCGGUAUAAUGACUCUUGCGUUGUGGUACAAUGCCGGCACUAGUGAUGCUGCUAUUAUCGCGUACGCGGUUCUGUUCGGGUUCUGGAGUGGUGCUGCUAUCAGCUUGACGCCUGUGUGUAUCGCGCAGGUGUGUCGGACGGAGGACAUCGGCAAGAGAAAUGGUACUACCUUCACGCUGGUUAGCUUUGGAACCCUGACUGCCAUCCCCAUUGCAGGAGCGAUACAAGAGAGUAAUGGAGGUGCAUUCUGGGGACUGAUCAUAUUUGGCGGCGUGUUGUAUCUCGCGGCAUGUGUUGCGUUUGUGGUUGCGAGAGGCGUGGCUGGGGGCUGGGGGAUGAGGGUCAAAUUCUAG